AUGGCGACUAUCAAUCACACGUCGCAGAAGUUCACCUUGAACACUGGAGCAGAAAUUCCCGCUGUAGGUCUUGGAACCUGGAAGUCACCACCAGACCAAGUCCGCAAGGCUGUCUGCCACGCACUCCAGACGGGUUAUCGCCACAUCGACACAGCUCUCAAUUACCAGAAUGAGGUCGAGGUUGGCCAGGGUAUCCGAGACUCAGGAGUUCCGCGUGAGGAGAUCUGGGUCACUACGAAGCUGGACAAUCCAUGGCACCACAGAGUUCGGGCAGGAUUCGACAAGUCAUUGGCAGACCUAGGACUGGAUUAUAUCGACCUGUAUUUGGUGCAUUUCCCUUGUUCCACUGACCCAGAGGAUCCCUCGAAGCAUCUGUCGGAUUGGGACUUUGUAAAGACCUGGCAGGAAAUGCAAAAACUGCUGGAUACCGGAAAAGUCAAGAACAUUGGCGUGUCCAACUUCCAGAUCCGACACCUGGAUAGGCUCCUCAGUGAUCCAUCUUGCAAGGUGGUUCCUGCGGUGAAUCAAAUCGAACUGCACCCUGGCAAUCCAUCUCCUAAACUAUUAGACUAUUGCACAUCGAAGGGGAUACACUGCACGGCCUAUUCCUGCCUCGGAGGUGCAACAGACAAUCCCCUCUUCAAGGAGCCUGUAUUAUCUGAGAUAGCCCAGAAACUUGGCAAGACUCCUGCCCAGGUUUUAUUGUUAUGGAGCCUCCAGAGAGGAACCAGCAUCAUCCCGAAGAGCGUGACACUUUCAAGGAUAGAGAGCAACUUCCAGCUCGAUGGCUGGGAGCUGAGUAAAGAGGACAUGGACGCUCUCAGUGGUAUCAAGACCCGCUUCAAGGUCGUCAACGAUUCUUGGAUGCCAAUCAAGGUGUUUUUCGGAGACGACGAAUGA